AUGAGCAAUGAGGAUGUGAACCGCCGCCUCUCGUCUCUCCACAGACCCGUCUCACCUCCCCCAGUGCGCCCCGCAUCCGGCUCGCUGGCCGCCUUGGAAGCGGGGAAAGAAAGCGUGAAAGAUCCCCUGCAAACUGUCUCCGCACGUCUCCGCAAAUUCACUCGCAACACCACGCGUGACUGUACGAGUCUCUUGGAGUUACUCCAAAUCGACGACUGGAAAGCUCUCUACACCCGCAAUUCUCAUAACUCGGGCCGUCAUUUCGUCAUCCACCAGCAUGAUCACCCGGUUGCUGGCCCACACUAUGAUCUCCGGCUGCAGUUCUCAGAAUCCAGUUCCCUUAGUUGGAGUGUUAUGUACGGGCUCCCGGGGCACGCGAAUAGCAGGCGGCUGAAUCGCAAUGCGACAGAAACAAGAGUCCAUUCACUAUGGAACCACCUCAUCGAAACCGCCAGCCCAAAAACAGGCAGCAUGGUCAUCUGGGACACCGGCGAGUACGAAGUCCUCCCAGAAAAGCCGAAACGCAACGGCCGAUUAGAUACGGGACUCGAAACAGAAACAGAGGAAAGUGAAUCCGAGCCUGCUGCAGAGCGAGACAGUCUCGAGUCAGAGAGUGAGAAACUGCGGAAGGCGUUCCAAAAUCACAAAAUCCGUCUCCGCCUCCACGGAACCCGCCUUCCCAGAAAUUAUACCAUCUUCCUCCGACGCGACAAAACCGAUUUACGAUCCGCCCCAACACCAAAUUCCCUCGCGCGCAUGCCAAUAAAGCGGAAGCGGAGACGAGUCGCCGCAAAGGCCCAGCCAAGCAGCACCUCGAAUUCCGAAUCAGAUACAGGAAUCGCAGACUCAUCCUCAGGACAGAUUUCAGGAUCAGGGAAACGACGCAAAGAGAGCAACAACACAGAGCACUCCGACGCAGAGGGCGACAGCGCGACCGACUACCAAAUCCGGCUUAACAACGCGUAUCCCGGUGCGGUGAAUGACAUCGGCUCCAUACACCAGAGACGGUGGUUUAUCGUGCUAGAUCGUGCCGGGAGCGGGUUUAUUUCUGAGAAAGAUUCCACGGGCAAAAGACGUUGGGUACGUGGGGCUGAUAAACGGACCGGCGCGACAACCGGGUUCGACCCAUUUUACGUGCGUGGGCCCGAAGUGGAGAGGAGCAUUGUCACUGGGCGACUUGGAGGCGAUGUACUCAACGACGAAGGCGUAGAGGGAUUUGUGCCUAGACGAGGCUGGAAUCCCGUUCUCAACUGA